AACUACUCGGUAUCGGAUCGAUACCCAAAGUUGUGGUAUCAUCCAAAACUAAUGUAAAGUAUCAAAGAAGAGAAGAAUAAAUGAUUAUUACUUUUUUACAGAAGUGUAGAUAGAACAUGUUGAAAGAGAAAAUAAGCAGAUAUUAACAGUAAAUGAACAAGUGGAUUAAUGAUCCAUUUUUACAGUUUGUCCCUCAUAAUGUAGACAAAAUAAUAGGUAGAUACAUGACCAUGUGUUACUGCAUACGUCAGCAGACUAAUUAGGAGUCUUUGUUUGUUUACUUACUACUAAAAGACAAGUUGUCUAGUAUGUUCACUAUUUUAUUUAAGGACUUAACUGCAAUAGUAAACAUAUGUUUAAUGUACCCGAAGAUUUUUUUGUUAGGAUAAAGCUGUGAACGUCUCUGUGCGUGGAGGGUUCUCCUGGUGCCGACAGAUCUCUUGGGAGCCCGGUAGACAGAGUUGAGCACGUCUUUUUUUGUCGUAUACAUGUCAGAAUUGCUUUCCAGUAGUCUUUGUCUCAUCCGUGUGUCUUUCUCUCUCUGGCUCCAACUCCAACAACGUGUCUCGUACCGGCUGCUGCUACUAAGGGCGACAGGUGAUUAGCUAAUCAGUCCCAGCUGGGCCAUCUACUCACCGAGGCCGGUCCUUACACACCCCAUUACUGCAGGAGACGCACCGACCACGCCCCCUUCCACAAAGGCCAAUAAUGACAUUUUUUGUGGGGAACAUUCCAGCCGACAAACUUGAAGGCUCCGCCUGCUUGCUGUGGCCUGUCAGAGCUCAUAGCAGAGCGCGGAACCCUCCGACCCCGAUCAACUCGACAACGCCAGGAGCAGAAUGUGACGUGGGCGUGGCCUGACCGCGAGAGGCGUGGCCUGACCGCGAGAGGCGUGGCCUGGAGGUAAAGCACUCAGCAGAUUCCACACGUCAGUCAAGCAGCACUGAGUACCGAGUCAGUUCCAGGGAGUGUUUGACUGGUCUCCUCCCAGCCUGAGCCACUUUCCCCCGGGCAGGAACCGCCAGCAGCGCGGCCCACCUGCAGGAAAAGUCCGGAGUGAGCGUUGAGGUGAGAUGUCAACACACACAUGGAUGUGAGGAGGAUCAACGAUGCUACCAGGUUCCAAAUCUCUGAAUAGGUGCGACUUAUACUCCGGAGCAACUUGUACUCCGAAAACUACGUUGGUUCCUGGGCGAAAACAUUCCUGAAGAAGACGACGAGACCAUGAGCUGCAAGCAGCGACCAGCCGGCCCCAACACGGACUCCACGUGUGCCCGCCUUUACCACCCGGACUCCUUCUCAGACCCCUCCCUCCGGCCGGACGGAGAAGACGGCCACCUGGGCUCCCGCUCCUACCCGCCGGCUCCCUUCCCCAGCCUGGCCGACGGCGUGUGGCCGCCACCCUCGGGCCCGUCGGGCAGCUGGUCGGGCUACCCCAGCAGCGCGGCGUCCUCCAAGGAGCCGUGCGGCUGCUGCGGCGAGAGCAAGUCCCUGAGCAGCCUGGAGCAGCCCUUCUCCCUGCGCUCAGAGCCGCCCAGCCGUCACCACACCCUUCCCCCCUACAUGUGCUCGCCCCCGGGGGCGGCCUGCUGGGCCCAGUGUCCUGCAGACGCCUUCAACAUCCACCCGUGCUUCCAGCAGAUGCGGGCGGACAACGGUCCUCAAUGUGCCUGCAGACCUCCCUGGGGGGCCUUCACGCCAAUCAGCCACUUCAGCGGGGGUCCUGGGGAGAAGCAGACGUCGCCCAGCAUGCCGCUGUCUUUGGAGCAGAGGAAGGUCUUCGUCACCUACGAGGCCGACCACGACGCGCACGUGAGCGAGAUCAUCAAGUUUGUGGCUCUGCUGCGGCACAACGGCUUCGACACGCACAUCGACAUAUUCGAGCAGCAGUUUCGCAGCAUCAGCAAGAUCGACUUCAUGGAGCGCUACCUGGGCGAGAAGGAGUACCUGAUCAUCAUCAUCAUCAGCCCCAAGUACUACGAGACGGUGACCGCCUCCCACGUCAGUCCCGACAUCGACGAGCGGACGUGCAACGCCGUCUACAUCCACAAACAGCUGCAGAAUGAGUUCAUACAGAAUGGAAGCAAGAAUUUCCGCUUCAUUCCCAUUGUGUUCCCGGGCGCUAAAAAGUGUCACGUCCCAACAUGGCUGCAGAACACGCACGUGUACGCUUGGCCGCUGGACCGCGACGACAUCUUGCGGCGGCUGAUGAGAGUUGAAAAGUACAACCCACCUCCUAUUGGUGAACUGCCCACGAUCGUGUCCAUCCCCAUAUGAACCCUUAUCACCAUUUAUCACACUGUAUCACCCCAAAUGGCAUCAUUACACCCAUACUAUGCUGUUUGACCCCAUAUCACCCUAUAUGACCCAAUAUGACCCCAUAUGACCCGGUCUGAUAUGGCAGAACCUUCUUUGAAGUUGUAGCUAGCAGGAAGAUAAUCGUGACACAUCCAAUGUUUCAUGUGAAUUGGAAGACAUUUUUAUUUGUGACUAAUUGGAAGAUUUUAAUGUGCAUCCAAUAAACAUAUUUUAUAUAUUG